CCAGGUGUGUAGGUUUGGGACAGGGCCAGGAGUUCAGCUGUCGAGCAGUGCUGACGCAGAGAGCGCGCGCGCUGGGAGGACAAACUUCUUACAAUGGAGGACGUGCUGCUGUGGGUACUGGCUGGUUUGCUGCUGCUCUUCUGCAGCCUGGACGUUUGGUACUACCUGCGGAUGGUGGUCUUGCUGAUCCGGGCCUGGUGGCUCUCUCCAGUGUUUGACGUGACGGGUGAGCAGACUCUGGGGGGCCGAGUCGUCCUCCACGACAUCGACCUGUGCCACAUGAACAACGGGCGCUAUCUGCGCGAGUGCGACUUCGCCCGCAUCUCCCUUUACGCCCGUAACGGAGUUCUCAAAACCAUGAGGGCCUUGGGAUCCAGUGCGGUGGUCGCAGCAACCACCAUCCGCUACAGGAGACCCCUGUGCGUCGGAGAAGCGUUCAAGUUACGGACUCGGAUCAUCACGUGGGACGAGAAGGCUUUUUAUCUGGAGCAGCGCUUCGUUUCCUGUAAAGACGGGAUGGUGGCGGCCAUAAUGUUCUGUAAACAGAGCGUACUGAGGAGCAGCCCCGCCAAAAUCCUGCAGCACCUCUGCCAGAGGAAGGUGGAAGUUCCUGAGUUUCCUGAGGAACUGCAGCACUGGAUCAACUUUAUGAGCGCCAGCAGUCAGGCUCUCAAGGCUGAGAGUGGAUCUGAGGAGAAGAAGUGCGAAUGAGGACAGAAACGAGCCUGCCGUCUUUAUGAGACACUAAUGUACAUGUUUACAUGAUGAACGAUUGAUCGGACAUGCAAUACAGAACAUACACUUAUUGAUAAAAAAUAAUACAUUACAGUGGAGUUGGAAUGGAAUGGUGUGUGAAUGUAAUGAUGAUUAUAUACAGGUGCAUCUUAAAAAAAUAGAAUAUCAUUGAAAGUUACUUUAUUUCUGUAAUUCAGUUCAAAAUGUGAAACUCAUAUAUUAUAUAGAUGUAUUAAACACAGAGUGAUCUAUUUUAAGUGUUUAUUUUUUAUUAUUGAUGAUGAUUAUGGCUGACAGCCAUUAAAAACCCCAAAAAACAGUGUCUCAGAAAAUUAGAAUAUUAUAUACUGUAAGACCAGUUGGUUCUUUUGGCAGUGUGGGCACUGUGCCAAGUCCCGCUGGAAAAUGAAAUCCACAUCUCUAUAAAAGUUGUCAGUAGCAGAGGGAAGCAUGAAGUGCUGUAAGAUUUUGCGGGAAAACAAAACUGCACUGACUUUAGACUUGAUAAUAAAACACAGUGGAUCAACACCAGCAGAUGACAGACAUGUCUCUCCAAACCAUCACUGAUUGGUGGAAACUUCACACUAGACCUCAAGCAGUUUGGACUGUGUGUCUCUCCACUCUUCCUCCAGACUCUGCUCCCUUGAUUUACAAAUGAAAUGUAAAAUUUACUGAUGAUCAGUGAUGGUUUGGCUGACAAACUUUAUGUAGAUACGGAUUUCAUUUUCCAGCAGGAUUUGGCACACUGCCCACUCUGCCAAAAGCACCAAUUGGUCUUAUAUAAUAUUCAAAUUUUUUGAGACACUGAUUUUUAGGUUUUUAUCAGCUUUAAGUCAUAAUCAUCAACACUGAAAGAAAUAAAUGCUUGUAAUAUAUAGAUAUUAUGCAAGUUUCACAUUUUGAACUGAAUUACUGAAAUAAAGUGAGCGCAGUAUUAAUGUAAAAGGAUAUGUUUAUUAGGGGAAAAUGUUUCUACUUCCAUAAGUCCUCAAAUCGGUAAGUGUAUGGUGUAAAUUCACUACAUUGCACUGUAGAUCCUAAUGGAAUACUUUAAUGUGGUUUACAUAAAUUAUACCCAGGGAGCAGUAAGUACAUGAUGAUGCUGUACAUAAAAUUCCUGUGUGCCAACUUAUUAACAUCCCUUUUUAUGCAUUUCUUUUUUUUGUAAUGCAUUUAUCUAUGCACUGAUGAGCUGCUGUUAUUAAACUGAUGUCAGUCAAUUGGGAAAUGGGGAAAAGAAAUGGAAGGGAUAAAUAAAAAAGAAAUAAUAUUUUGGGCAA